CCCUUCACGUUACCUGUCGUACUUCCAAGUGAAUACCCAGCCUAAGCAGCAGGGUGGGGUUUCAGUAUUAUCAGGCUCUGAUCACUCAGACCACGCCCCAUCCAGAGGAAUCAGGGAUCAGGAGGUCACAAUUGUCCUGAAGGCAGAAGAAGUAUCACCUAACAAGAGAUAUGAGACUGCUGUUGUUCGUGUUCUGGUCGACGCUGUGAAUGAUUACAAUCCUGUUAUAUCCACAAACCUGGGUUCAGACCGGGGUGUGAUCCUGGAGAAACUCACCCAUAGGGACACUGGUCAGCAGCCAGGAUGGACGGCGCAGACUACAACUCAUCAUUACUGACCGUGAUGUGCUACCUGGAGAUACUCCUCCCAACUACGACAUCACUUUGUCCAGUCCCUUGUUCUCAGUGACUCCUGAUGGGUAUAUCAGUCUCACCACACCCAACCUUAACUUUGAAUCCUUUGCCAAUCCUGUCAUCCCUGUCACUGUGACUGUGACAGAGACUGACACAACUGAGAGAAGGGUUGGCACAUUGAUACUGUCUAUUGAGGUUCUGGAUGUCAAUGAGUUUGCCCCAGUGUUCCCAGCAGGUGAUUACCAGAGGGACCUGGAGGUCGGAAGCUAUGUCGCAAACCCACGCAGCCUCAUUGUUCUAACGGCCACGGAUGGAGACAGUGGUCUAAAUGGCCAGGUGGCGUACAGUAUAGAGCAGAUCACACCAGGAGGAGAGGGCAAGUUUGCCCUGAGGGAGAACGGGGACGGGUCUGCCACAGUGCUGGCUAAUGGCACCUACCAGAGGAACGAGCUUCACACCAUUGUGAUCAAGGCUGAAGACAUGGCUCCUGACCCUCAGAACAGGAGGAGCUCCACUCUUCAGAUGAUUGUUCGUAUCGUGAGCCAGGCCAAUAACUCCCCACAGUUCUCUGGGGACUUAUAUGUACAACCAAUCAGCGAAGGCACAACACCAAAUACACAGGUCUACCUGGCCGUGGCCCAGGACCCUGACAAUGAGCCUUUGACUUAUUCCAUAAUAGGAGGGAAUGCUGGCAAUGUCUUCAGGAUAAAUGCCACAUCUGGGAUGAUAUUUUUGAGGACAAACCUGGAUAGAGAGACUCGAGACUCUUACGACAUCCAGCUACAGGCUAGAGACAGGGCAGGACUGACGGAUACCAUGACGGUCAGGUUUGAAGUGACAGAUAUCAAUGACAACACUCCUCAGUUUCGCCGCACUAAUUACACCUAUCAGGUUAACGAAGGAGCUCCGCCUAUCAAUGUAGGAAGAGUAGAGGCUACAGAUGGGGAUGCUCCCAACUCUGUGAACUCCCAGGUUUAUUACUGGACAGGAUCUGAUAAGUUCCGUGUUGAUCGGAACACAGGUCAGAUCAUCUCUACUGCCCCUCUUGACUACGAGACCCAGCAGGUCUAUGUGAUUGUGGUAGAGGCAAGAGACUUGGCCCCUGACAGUCGUACUGGCAGUACUAUUGUCACUGUCAGAGUACAAGAUGUUCAGGACUUUGCCCCAGUUUUCGUCACGGCUCAAAUUACAAGAAAUGUUCCGGAAACAGACCAGAAACUAUUUAAUUGCUUCCUUAAGGGCAGUUGAUAGAGAUACACAGCCCAAUAUCCAGUACAGGUUUGUGCCUGGUCCUGACACUUCCAGCUUUCAGCUGCGGCCUAACGGUGACCUCUUGACCAGAGAACCCCUGAACUUUGACCGGCGGAAUUACCGCAUACUGGUCACCACCACUGAUGGGUCCUCUAGCGUGCCUUCAUCUACUGCCACUGUAGACAUCAAUGUGCUGG